UGGUGGGUGAAGGCCCCGAUCCUCGACUCCGCUAGCAGCCACGAGCUGGGAAAGUCAGUCAUGCCGUAAAGCCCGGGUCUUUUUUCAGUGACUGCCGGCUCCCCGAGGUCCUCGGGUUAGGUUAUCGGGGAGUCCGAGCUGGGCGGUGGUCGACUUGCUCCGGGGAGUCCAGAGUUCAGAGACUCAGAAGAAAACCUUUCCUGUAAAACGGAAGGUUAGGCCGGAGUGGGUUCGAUCUCGGGCCGUCCCCCCGGGGAUUGUCAGCGUGUGGUCUGUAGUGGCCGCGAUCACCUACACAGCACCGUGGCCGGCCAGCCACGGGGCCCCUCCUGACUGCCCACUCGGUGUCCCCCCUCUCGACCCUGCAGCCAGGACAGCUGUCACUCCGUUUUCAUUGAGCGCUCCUUGCUGGCUCCGUUCCGGGCACUGGAUGUUACAAGUGCUGAAGCCAGGGGACUCCCUUCGCUGCCUGGAGAGGUGCUAGAAGAUGGCCAAGUUCAUGACUCCGGUGAUCCAGGACAACCCCACAGGCUGGGGCCCCUGCGCAGUCCCUGAGCAGUUUCGGGAUAUGCCUUAUCAGCCGUUCAGCAAAGGAGACCGGCUCGGAAAGGUAGCGGACUGGACAGGUGCCACAUACCAGGAUAAGAGGUACACAAAUAAGUACUCCUCUCAGUUUGGUGGUGGCAGUCAGUACGCUUAUUUCCACGAGGAGGAUGAAACUAGCUUCCAGCUGGUGGACACAGCACGCACGCAGAAGACUGCCUACCAGCGGAAUCGGAUGCGAUUUGCACAGAGGAACCUUCGCAGAGACAAAGAUCGACGGAACAUGUUGCAGUUCAACCUGCAGACCCUGCCUAAGAGCGCCAAGCAGAAAGAGAGAGAACGCAUACGACUGCAGAAAAAAUUCCAGAAACAAUUUGGAGUGAGGCAGAAAUGGGACCAAAAAUCACAGAAACCCCGAGACUCUUCAGUUGAAGUUCGUAGUGACUGGGAGGUGAAAGAGGAAAUGGAUUUUCCUCAGUUAAUGAAGAUGCGCUACUUGGAAGUAUCAGAGCCACAGGACAUCGAGUGCUGCGGCGCCCUGGAGUACUACGACAAGGCCUUCGACCGCAUCACCACGAGGAGCGAGAAGCCUCUGCGGAGCAUCAAGCGCAUCUUCCACACCGUCACCACCACAGAUGACCCCGUCAUCCGGAAGCUGGCAAAAACUCAAGGGAACGUAUUUGCCACCGAUGCCAUUCUGGCCACGCUGAUGAGCUGCACGCGCUCGGUGUAUUCCUGGGACAUCGUUGUCCAGAGAGUCGGCUCCAAGCUCUUCUUUGACAAGAGAGACAACUCUGACUUCGACCUCCUGACAGUCAGUGAGACGGCCAACGAGCCCCCUCAAGAUGAAGGUAAUUCUUUCAACUCCCCCCGCAACCUGGCCAUGGAAGCCACCUACAUCAACCACAACUUCUCCCAGCAGUGCUUGAGAAUGGGGAAAGAAAGAUACAACUUCCCCAACCCAAACCCGUUUGUGGAGGACGACAUGGAUAAGAACGAAAUCGCUUCCGUUGCAUACCGUUACCGCAGGUGGAAGCUCGGAGACGACAUCGACCUCAUUGUCCGCUGUGAGCACGAUGGUGUCAUGACCGGAGCCAACGGGGAGGUGUCCUUCAUCAACAUCAAGACCCUCAACGAGUGGGACUCCAGGCACUGUAACGGCGUUGACUGGCGUCAGAAGCUGGAUUCUCAGCGAGGGGCCGUGAUUGCCACCGAGCUGAAGAACAACAGCUACAAGCUGGCCCGGUGGACCUGCUGCGCCCUGCUGGCGGGAUCCGAGUACCUCAAGCUCGGUUACGUGUCACGGUACCACGUGAAAGACUCCUCGCGCCACGUCAUCCUGGGCACCCAGCAGUUCAAGCCCAACGAGUUUGCCAGCCAGAUCAACCUGAGCGUGGAGAACGCCUGGGGCAUCCUGCGCUGCGUCAUCGACAUCUGCAUGAAGCUGGAGGAGGGCAAGUACCUCAUCCUCAAGGACCCCAACAAGCAGGUCAUCCGUGUCUACAGCCUGCCCGACGGCACCUUCAGCUCCGAUGAGGACGACGAGGAGGAGGAGGAAGAGGAGGAGGAGGAGGAAGAGGAAGAAACGUAAGCAGGCGGGGACAGGAGCUGGAGUGGAUAGCACCACGCCUGGAGGGGCCUGGUGCCUGGCGGAAUGCUCGUCCAACUUGCUUCCUGAACAGAUGGAAUAAAAAAUAAGUCUAUUUAGUCUCUUUACUUCCUUGGGUGCU